AUGCCCCGCAAGCGCGUGAACCUCCAGGAGCCCCAGCGAAAACGGAACAGGACAGGCUGCGACAAAUGUCGCGCUCGCAAAGUUCGUUGUGACGAGCAGAAACCGACCUGCGGCCAAUGCAGUGCCAAGGGCUUUGAUUGUCAGACAAGCAUCAAGCUCAAGUGGGAACAAGACUAUACCAGUGUUGGACGAGCAUUCGGUAGAGCUGGUUUGUGGAGCAAAAAGGCUGCCGAGAAAUCAAAUGCUCCAUCGCCGUGUAUUCACGUCACCGAGGACGAGGUAUCGUGGAUCCAAAUUCCUCUGAUCUCUUCAUACAGCUUUGUCAACGCUACGGUAGGGAACAUUGAACAGCUCACGACUUUGGAGGACCUCGCAACAGACGCUGCGCCAGUAUUGGAUGUCAUUCGUACCAAUGAUCGCGACGAUACUUCAAGCACUGCUUCUUUAUCACCAUGGCUGUCUGCCAGACAACCUGCGUUCUUGCCUCGUCAACACUUCUUCCCAUCUGCAUUGCCGAUGCUGCCUGACCUCCCCAGCCCGAUGCACUCCAGCCUGCUUUCGUAUUACUUAGAGAAGAUUUGUCCAAUCACUGUCCCGAGUUCCGUCAACAAAUCUCCUUUUGCCAACUUGAUCCUUCCGUUCUCCAUCUCGUCCUCUCCUGCUGUCUUGGAGGCUCUGCUUGCUCUCGCCGCUUGCCACAGAUCAAAGAAGGACAUCGCUUUCCGUGCCACCUCUUUGAAGCUAGGGGACAAUGUUCUUCGCAAUCUGCGCGGGAGGCUUGGUACUGAAGACCCUCUGAAGGUUGCCAUGGACCCCGAAACACUGGUCAUCAUGAUGGUCUUGUGUCAGUACGAAAUUAUCAACGAGUGCGACAAACGCUGGGUCGUUCAUCUCAAAGGAGCUCGAGAUCUGAUACGAGUCAGAAGAAACGCUCAGCUCUAUCUUACUGCCGGACAGUCCUUCAACGGUCUUGUCGAGUUUGCUGAGAAGUACUUCGCUUUCCAGGAUGUCAUUGGGCGAACGGCAUGCGGCGAAGAGCCGAUCUUCGGUAUUGACUUUUGGACAUCUCAAGGCGAGGAUACCGAUGCCUGGCUCGGUUGCUCUGCUGGUCUUGUCUCGAUCUUGUGCGAAAUCACUGAAUUGAGCCGCCAACAUCGAUCACGGCCUGGCGUAAGUCUUCUACCCGACUUUCAGUUCAAAGCAGCAUCUUUAGAGCGCCGGCUCUGUAGUUUAAGGCAGAGGGUCUUGAACGAGGAAGACGACCUUCUACAAUUGUCCGCAGAGCUGAAGAGAAUGGCAGCCGAACUCUAUCUACAUGGUGCCCUCAAUGGUGCGACUCCGGCGAUGCCCCUUGUUGUCAGACUCGUACAACAAAUCCUUCAUCUAGUCUCAGUUCUCCUUGAACACGGGGUGCUUGCUGGCUUAAGCUGGCCCCUUUUUGUUGCCGCUGUCGAGCUUGAUCCAAUGGAGGACCUCGAGUGGGCUGAAAGGCAAGACCUACCCGAUGAGGUGCCAAACUAUGCUCGGCCGUUUGUCCUAUAUGCUUUGAGCCGCUUGGCUGGAUCAAAUGCUAUUGCCAACAUAGCCAAAACGAGGUCUGUCAUCGAGAGGAUAUGGCUGACAAGGAGUCAUGAUGAGAUCUCUGACACACAGUUGGAAGGGCUCGAGAAGGGUCAGAAUGACUGGGAACGCUAUGUCGCUCCACUCUGUGGUGGCUUGAGUCUUGCUUGA